GAAGUCACAGGGCCCGCAGUGGGACGGAGGUGGGGGGAGCACGAGGAAGGCUCAGGGAGGAUGGCGGCUCAAAUUCCAAUUGUGGCCACCACUCUCACUCCCGGGGCAGCCCGCAACAGCAAGAAGAGGCCGUCCAGCCCUUCUCAUAACGGCGGCAGUGCCGGGGGCUACGGCGCCAGUAAGAAGAAGAAAGCGUCCGCCUCCAGCUUCGCGCAGGGUAUCAGCAUGGAAGCCAUGAGUGAGAAUAAAAUGGUGCCCUCUGAGUUUAACACAGGAUCUGUGGAAAAAACUGCCAGACCCUUGCCAUUUAAGGAUCCCAACUUUGUG